AUGAAGAACGAAAAAUAUGUAUAUUUAUACAGAGAGGAACAGCUAAAGGUGCUCGAGAAUAAAUCCUGGGUCAAAAACAUAGAUUUUAACAAGGAUGCUCAUGAAAUGAAAUCUCUGACUGGAGGAGAGAAAGGGAAGGUUUGGAAGUUUUCUGAUUCAUUUUACGGAAACUUUAACGUGGGUCGUCGUCCUUCUAUGGAUACAGCUUGGGGGAGAAGGGUUUUUGAUCAAUAUGAGAUUGAUAUAGAAGUCAAGAAAUAUAGACAUUCAUAUCUAGGAAACACUACGCCACCCAGAGAUUAUCACGAAUUCGGACUCUGGGAUGCAAUUUAUAACUCAGGUUGUAAAUAAGAAAAAAACGAUCAACGAUAAAUUAUAAUCGAGCUAGCAAUCUUUAUAUAUUAUAUAAUGUUAUGUAGUUGUAGUCCUCAGGGUUGUUUUGCAAACCUAAACAAUCUUUAUAUCUUUUUGUGCUCUCAGAGGAG